UAUUGUCUGUAAAGAAACGAAUUACUCCAAGCGCUAAAAAAACUUCGUCUGUCUGAUGCUCAUUCCCAUUCCCGUUUUCACUUCCCUGCCUUUUCUCGCAUUUCUCGCUUAAUUAGUGUCGCAGUGUGCCCUGAAACCCCCGGGUUUACGUCAUUCCUUGUCCCCUGCUCUACCUGUCUGUCUGUCUGUUUUGUUUCUGAGUAUAUGAUGUGUUUACAUAAUAAUGUAUGUGGUGUACGUAAGGCGAGCGAAGUAAGUAAGCUGGUCGGAUGUUUUGCCCCUGGCUCGUCCCGACCGAUGCAUGGCACGUGCGCGUUGUCGCGAACUCAGAGCGAGAAAGUAUCUCGAGAUUUUGAUGUUUAGAUCAACAUUAUAUCGCUCUCGCUCGCUCACUUAUUGUUUUUCUUGCUUGUUGGCUUGUUUGCUGGCCUACUUAACGACCCCCGGACGAGUUGGGGGAGGAAGAAGAGGCAUGGCUCCAGGCGUUAUCAAAGUACUGGACCAUCUGCUGCCCACUCUGACGCUCGCUGGCAUACCCCAUGGCCACGCUCUCGUGUGUCUCCCUGGAGCUGAGGUACUGAUCCAACGGAGUCGGUUUGGUCGAGUGGGAAGGUUUCGAGGAUGAGAUGUACGCCGAGUCUCGGCUUGAGUGCUUGAGGAAUGUCUCUUGGUGCUGCUCUUGCUCGAGUGAGCCAUUUUGUCAAUGCUUUUGAGUGUACGAUGUACCGGUUGGAUGACUAGGUGAGCGUGUGAGUGAAACCACCCCUGGAUUUGUGAUCUUCGUUUCUAAAGAUGUGAUAUCAGGUAAGAGCGAGUUUUCGCGAAGA